UACAUGCUAUAAACACCUUGAUAAAUUCAAUAAAGAUGUCACGAUACAGCAUCUCGGACAACCCACCGAUUUCUCGGAAGAAUACCACGGCAUUACUCCUCAUUAAUAACCAGCUGGGCUUCCGCGACAUCUCUGCCUGGGGCACUGGGGCCUCUACUCCCGACUAUGACAAGAACAUCAGCGCUCUGAUCAGUCUAUUCCGAGAUAUCUGCGCCAAAAGCCCAGAAGGCGAAGGCCCAUUGAUGAUCCAUGUUCAGUACCGCCCUGUCUGGACCGACCACCCGCUGCACGUAAGCAAAACCGGUCCAUUCGGCGCCAACGGCGAGGAGCAACGCGCGAUCGACUUUCUGGAAUUUGCGGCGCCGCAAGUCUUCAGAGAUGGGGCAAAGACUCUUAUCUACAGUCUGGAUGAAACCGCGUCUUCUCGCCCUGCACCGACACAGCCGCCAGACGAGAUCAUCAUGACCUGCCACGGCCACAGCGUCUUCAUCAACACCCCGCUGGAAACGAUUCUCAAGAACCGCGGGAUCAAGACCCUGCUGAUUGCAGGGAUGGGCACCGACCUGGCCGUCAGCACAGCCGUCCGUACAGCGCAGAAUCUCGCGCUCACUGGCAAAUGGGGCGGACGUGGAAAUAUGGAGGAUGUGGCGGCGUCGGAGAGAUGGACAGACGGGGCGGGUGUUUAUGCUGGAGAGGAAGAUAAGCUGGUGGUUGACAUGCCCCGGAUUAUUCUCAUCCAAGACGCGACAAGGGCGUUUGGUAAAGGGGGCGUUGAUGCGCAGACUGUGCAUCAUGUCCAUAUUGAGAGCCUGAGGGGUUUUUCUGAAGUCCGAGACACAGCAGGGGUUAUAGAGGCAAUGACUGGAGGUUUUGAAUAUGCGAAUAUUGAUUUAUUGCACUAGAAAUAUUAUUUCAUAC